CAAGAAGCCAACAACAACAAGGGUUACAUUCGGCCAUACAAGAAGCCAACAGGAAGCGUAUUUCAAGCAUUGCGCCAACCUUUCUCCUUAUUCCUCGUUGGUUCCAUUGGAUCCGUCCGCUGCACAAACGCCGCACCACCAUGGCCGACGCGCCCACCAGCUCCGGCGACUCGCCGCCCCCGCAAUCCCCGCCGCCUGCGCAGACGGAGAGCGGCUCCAUAUCCUCCAUGGUCGCCUCCUCUGCCGCCUCCGCCGCGGCCGCGGCCGCGGACUUCACCCGCUGGGCCGAGACCUUCGGCACCGAGAAGGCCGACGCCGCCAAGGCUGCCCUAGCCUCCGCCGCCACCAUAGCCACCUCAUCCGCCUCCGCGGCGGCUUCCGCUUCGUCCACGGCCGCGUCCUCCGCCUACGCGGCCGCCUCCGACCUCACCCUUAUCGCAAAGGAGGAAUUAGAAUGGGCAAAUAAGGAGUACUCCGUUCACGAACAGAUGGUGUUUGGCAAGAUCAAAGAAGGUGUUGUCAUGGCGAUAACUCAUCCAGGCAUUGCUGCAGGCUCCGCAACCCUUGCAGGGAUUGUGCUGUUCAAAAGGCCAAGAAGCUAUCUUAUCCAACGAGUCCAGCGCAUGUUUGUUAGCAAGGAGACCCUACUUUCUGGCAUACAAGCUGAAGUGACUCACAUGAGGCAAACUGUGAAUCUUGUGUCCAAUGAAAGCCAAAAGCUGAUGGAUAGAGCAGCAACUGCUGAGAAAAGAUUUCAGAAAGGAUGGAAUACACUCAGAGAAGAAGGGCGUGCCAUUCAGCAUGAGUUGAGCGAGAUUAGUGAUAUUGAGAAACAAGCAGUUGGUCUGAAGGGCAUUCUUGAUCAGCUUCCCAGAGCACAUGCAUCCGAAUUUCGAUCAGAGAUAUCUGGCCUAGCUUCUCAGGUUAAGAAGGAGAAGCGAGUGCUUAAUGCCACCCUCUCGAAGAUUGUGAAUUACGGUGUCCCUAUCUAACUGUUCCAGGAUCCAUUCUACCGGAUUUUUGUGAAGGAAGAGAAUUCAUUCCCAUGUCAAUGGUGAAUGUUAUACUGCCGACUUGGUUUCGGAGGAAGGGGGAAGCAAUAAUGUUUUGUCGCUCGCGCAGACCUGCAAAUGUGCUGCCGCCUAAUGUUGCGGAAGCAGCAGUAUUCAAACCUUUGUAACAGAAGACACUCUAAUAUUUUUGCCAUCGACAUGUAACAUGUUCACGGCCAUCGGCAGGCUUACCCAUUUUUGGCUUUUUGCCCUCUGCAUGACGACAUUUCCCGUGGAUGUGACAGAAAAAGGUGUAAUACUUUGUUGCUUCGUCCGUGGUUCUCAUGAAUCAAAUGUUUGGAGUUAAUUGCCAUUCGAAUGAAA